ACAAAAUUUGAAGUCUCUAGCUUUAUUAUUUUAAUUUACGUCAAAAAAUGGGAUCGCUGGCCCACUGUGCAUUGACUCACUUCUUACAGAAAUUUCUCGAUUCCAGGGCCUCGGCAGCACCUUCCUCCAAGUCGCAGAGCCUGCCGGCCCAUGGCUCCAUCAAGCAGUUGGAUGCGGUCAUCUUGAGCGCCCUGCGAGUGCCCGCCGAUGUUCUGGCCAACCAAAUCACGCUGCUAGACUUUCCGGUCUUCGCCUUGAUUCAGCCGGAUGAGCUGGGCAGCUGUGCCUGGACAAAGAAGGACAAGCAUGUGGUCACGCCGAACAUUGUGGCCUUCACCAAGCGCUUCAACCACACGAGCUUCUGGACAGUGCAAGAGAUGUUAAACGGCGAACAGCCCAAGCAGCGAGCGGAGAUAAUGACGCAUUUCAUCAAGGUGGCCAAGAAGCUGCACGAAUUGAACAACCUCCAUUCGCUGUUCGCCAUAAUCUCGGCCAUGCAGAGCGCCAGCAUUUAUCGGCUGAAGAAGACGUGGGCCUGUCUGUCCAAGAAGGAUCGCCAGUCGUUUGAUCGGCUCAGUGACAUAUUCAGCGAUCAGGACAAUUGGGCCAAUCUGCGGGCCUACCUGGAGAGCCUACGCCUGCCCUGCAUACCCUAUCUGGGACUCUUUCUCACCGAUUUGAUCGAUCUGGCGCACCCGCAAAAGGGUGGGCUGGAGGCCGAGCAGCGUCGAAACAAGAUGAACAACAUACUCCGUGUCAUUUCAAGCUAUCAGCAGUCGGACUACAAGCAGCUGCAGCCGCAUGAGUCCACGCAGAAGUAUCUCACAUCUAUACGAUAUAUCGAGGAGCUGCAGAAUAUAUUCGAGGAGGAUCAGUACAAACGUUCACUGAAUCUGGAACCGGCAUCGUCCUCAGGCCCUAGCUCGUCGUCCUGCAGCUCCAAGGAGUCGUUCAAUGUGGAAACCGUCACACCGGCCCUGGGCUGUUUGAAUCUCUCGCCAGCCAAAACCAUUGGCUCCAUGCGCAUGGCCAGCGGCAAAAAGUUUGUACCCGGCCAUCGCAAGUGCCGCAGUCUGGGCACCAACAUCUUUGGAAAGAUUGCCACGCAUAGUCACGGCGACGGCCAUCCGCACCAUCUGCAGUUGGAGCACGACCAGGGCGUGCUGCCACGACACCACCUGCUCGACGACUCGGUGCUGGAGAACAGCGAAUCCCUGUCCAAUGCGGAUCUCACCUCCCUGGAGAGCGCCGAGGGAAUAUUGUGCGACUUCACAGGCAGCGAAUGCGAUCUGAAGUCCCCGGAGGCGGCAGCCGCCAUGCAGGGCUGCGUUCGUCGCAAGACCGUUCAGAAGGAAGGGCGCAAGCCGGCGGUGGCCUCCUGGCAGCGAUACUGGCUGCAAAUUUGGGCCAACUCUCUGGUCUACUUUCCGGCCAAGUCCUUCAAGGGUAGCGAGCGGAGCGACUUCAAGCGCGAACCCUGCAAGGUGUGCCCCCUGGAUGGCUGGUACGCCCACGUCAGCGACAACACGAAGCACAAGAACACCUUUGAGCUGUGCCACCGCACUCUGGGCACCGUCUACAAGUUUCGCACCGACAGUCCGCAAAUGACGCAUUUUUGGACGAACGCCAUCUGCAAGCUGGCCACAAUGCGUGUGCCAAAGCCAUUGCCAGCCAAUCUGAUGUCCUUCGAGUGAGCUCCUGCUCCUACUCCUUUCGGGGGAAUUGUACUUGAGAGCUCGAAUCUAUUUUACUCAUCAUUGUUUAGACCGUAGUUAAGUUAGCUUAGCCAUUGUAUACAUAUGUGCACACCGCACAACCAAGCAAGCAAACAACCGAGCAACCAGCCGCAACGCCACCCA